AUGGGGCGCACCGGCGCGCAGGUUCCCACGGCUCCUCCGCCAGUGGACGCAUUGUGCCCGGACGGUAUUGUGGCGACCCGGCCGGCGCCAGGCGUCGUCGCACCGCCAUCGCCGCCGCUGCCCAUUUUCGGCUUCAUUGCACAGCCGGCAGGAGGCGGCCGGGCCGGGUGGCAGGUAGAGCGCGCCCGCCAGCGGACGUGCCGGCCGGGGGAGUGUCCUCACGACGCCGCACCGCGCCGCAUAUCGGCGCCGCCAUCGAGUGAUAGGGGCGGGCCGGCAGGAUUCUCCACGCCGGCCGCGCCGCGGGCGCCGCACUUAGGCCGCGCCUCACGAGCCGCGGCCGCAGAUAACGCGACGCCCGCCCGACGUCGACGCCGACGCCGGCAGCACGCGCGGGCGUUCCGCGCGCUCGUAACGCGCCGAUCCCAUCUCCGCGGCGGCGGCGGCGACUCUCCGGAGCGACAGGGGGCGGCAGCCGGCACUGCCAUUGUCGGCGGUCGUUACUUGCCACGCCCGUGGGCCCACUAA